AUGAAUCGCAUGCCGCCGCGAUCUCUGUCACUGUCACAGUCAGAUGACAUCAGCCGUAAGCCCGGGCAGGUGCCGCCGGUGGUGGCGGUCGACAAGGAUAAGAACAGCCAGCAGGCGAUGAAAUGGGCAGUCGACCACCUCCUCAUCAACACCAACUCCAUAAUCCUCGUCCAUGUCAGGACCCAGCCAGAUCUCCUUAAUAGUGGUUUAUCUGUGACCGAAGCCAAUCAAGAAAUGAGCAAAGAGCAAGUGGAAGCUGAGCUUACACAACUCUUUGUUCCAUAUCGUGGAUUCUGUGCUCGUAAAGGGUUGCAGCUGACGGAGGUGAUUUUGGAAGAUUUUGAUGUCUCGAAAGCCAUCAUCGACUACAUCACCUCAAACAACAUCCAGAAUGUCGUAGUUGGUGCUUCAAGCAGGAAUGCACUCAGGAAAUUCAUGAAUCCUGAUGUCCCAACAUGCUUGACAAAAGGUGCGCCAGAGUUUUGUGGAGUGUAUGUCAUAUACAAGGGGAAGCCAUUGACGAUCCGGACAGCAAAAGUACCUGCUCCUGUUAACAUUUUUCCCCCAAAGCAACAAAUGGCUCUGGAUAGUCCAUAUCGACAAGCUGAACACUUUGAUCAUUCCAUUAGGUCAGCCACAGAAAAUGCAGUAAUCACUAAAUACAGGAACUCUGAAAGGCCUCCUGAUUACAUGCGGGGUAAUAAGCCCCUCCCCACACCUAGGAUGACAUCAAAUGAUGCAUAUAUUGACAUCCUUGACUCCUCUGUCAGAUCAUCAAGGACCAACUAUCAUGACUCAUACACGGGUAAUAUUGAUUUCCCAGCAAGCACGAGCUUCCGAUCUGACCUCAGUGAUGCAUUUGAGUUGGGAUAUACAGAAAGCCCUCGAGGUUUCCUGCCUCCAGCAAUUAGCUCGAUGAGAGAGGCUGAGGCUGAAAUGAGAAGGCUAAGACUCGAGCUAAAGCAGACAGCAGAAAUGUACAAUGCAGCUUGCAAGGAAGCAAUUAUGGCCAAAGAGAAGGCUAGAGAGUUGCAAAAGUUGAAGAUCGAAGAAGCCCGGAGAAUUGAGGAAUUAAGACAAUCUGAAGAGGCAGCCCUUGUGCUCGUCGAAUUAGAAAAGGCAAAGUGCAAGGCUGCAAUGGAAGCUGCUGAAGCAGCACAAAAAAUUGCAGAACUUGAGGCCAGGAGAAGAUACAAUGCAGAGUUGAAAGCCAGACGAGAGGCAAAGGAGAGGAAGAAAGCAACGGAAUCUGUGUUACGUUCUGAAAUUCAUUACAGGAAGUACAGCAUUGAUGAGAUAGAAGUCGCUACAAACUUCUUCUCAUCGGCACUGAAGGUUGGGGAAGGUGGAUAUGGGCCUGUCUUUCGAGCUACACUGGAUCACACACAAGUUGCCAUUAAAGUUUUACGACCAGAUGCAUCACAAGGGAGAAAGCAAUUCCAGCAAGAGGUCGAGAUUCUGAGCUGCAUCAGGCAUCCCAACAUGGUAUUGCUUCUUGGUGCCUGCCCAGAGUAUGGCUGCUUGGUAUAUGAGUACAUGGACUACGGAAGCUUGGAGGACAGGCUCCUCAGACGAGGAAAUACUCCCCCAAUACCAUGGGCUACACGAUUCAAAAUUGCUGCCGAGAUAGCUACAGCAUUACUCUUCCUUCAUCAGACUAAGCCAGAACCAUUGGUUCACCGAGAUCUUAAGCCAGCCAACAUCCUCCUGGACCACAAUUAUGUAAGCAAGAUCAGCGAUGUUGGCCUAGCAAGACUGGUGCCAGCAUCAGUAGCCGACAGUGUCACACAGUACAGGAUAACAUCAACUGCUGGAACACUAUGUUAUAUUGACCCUGAAUACCAACAGACGGGUAUGCUUGGUGUAAAAUCUGAUAUAUACUCCCUAGGAAUAAUGCUGCUCCAAAUUAUUACAGCAAAACCUCCAAUGAGCCUCACGCAUCAUGUAGAGAGGUCCAUCGAAAAAGGAAAUUUUGCAGACAUGCUGGACCCAGCUAUUGAGGACUGGCCAGUGGAAGAGACUCUUGCAUUUGCUAAGCUCGCUUUGAAGUGUGCUGAGCUGAGGAGAAAGGACCGACCUGAUUUAGGGAAGGUUGUGUUACCAGAGCUCAGCCGACUGAGAAGCAUCGGUCAAGAUUACAAAGCAUCUCGCAGCAACAACAGCAGACAUCUUGGUGCUGCACCCAAAACAUUUGACAGUAUAUCUAAGGGAGCAAUGUCGCUCAUCCAUCAGGAACAGAUAAGUGAUUCAAAUGUCAGUGAGUCAUGGACCUAUUCUACUGAUGGCUAAGGAGAAAGCUUAGUGAUUCUUUAGUGUCCAGAUAAGGAGGGAGCUGAAUUAGUAGACAAAUAUGCAAAUAGAUAUGGCCUGUCGUACAUGAAAAAAAAGGAAAUGAUGAUCAUUUAUGCUCCAUGUGGACAUAAAUUUGACUCCUUAUCUGGUGAACAUUGGAACCUCUUACUGCUCAAAUGUCAUUUAGAAUAAUCAAAUUUAUCAUUGAUAUGGAUGUACCUUCCUUUCUAUAAUUUGAUUCUAAAGGUCGCACA